AUGCUGUUGCUGUGGGCUGUUUUGUUCGCACUCCAGGUCCGUCAGCGUUUCGGUGCCCUCCAGGCCAGCGUGGCCGGGCGCAUUGCCCCCUUGGAGUCGAUACAAGCCAAAGAUCGCUUGGACUGGGUCCAGCUACCGGGGAGGCUUUUGGGCCGGUGCGAGCUGCCCAAAGGCUACACAGCGGGGUGCAAGCCUCUUCUGCUGGAGCGGGUGCACAAUGUGAGGGAAUGCCUGGGCGUCUUGGGCAUGACCGAGGGGGACACCAUCAACUACAAAGGAGAAGUCUGUCAAAUCCAGCGCUGCCAGGAAGGCCAAGAUGAGCUAGUCUUGACGACCACCUAUGGCCCCAUGGAGGUCUACAGCGUUCUUUGUGAAGCCUUGAAAGACCUGCCCGGCCUCAGCACCAGCCGAUCAAAACGGAUAUAUGUUGGCAAGGAGGAGGAUUACUGGACAACGUCCGCUGAAAUGAAGCAGGACCUUCGAAGUUUCUUCAUGCCCUUGGCUGCCAACUGGACCGUUUUGGAGCUGGGAAGCUACCGUGGCUACACUACCCGGGCCUUAGCGGAGACCUUCGCCUCAGUGAUUGCGGUGGAUGCAUCAGAGGCCUUCUUGAACUCCAACCGUCGCUACAACGCAGACCGCCGAAACAUCUUCUUCGUCCACCUCCACAGCCGUGUGGAGGGCCUGAGGAGCUUGCGUCAGAAUGAGGUGCAGGUCGCAAUGGUGGAUGCCGAGCAUGAGUAUGCCUCAGUCUACCGCGACACGAACCAGCUACUUCGGUACUUCAGGCCUUCGCUAAAGUACCUGAUCUUCGAUGACUUUGGCACCGACCCAGGUGUCAUGCGUGCUGUGCGGGAGUUCGUCCAGAGCGGCCGCUUGCGGGUGCUGGGUGGGGUGGGUCGAAAACCACCUUGGACCUACCGCGACCAAGUCAUUGACAGUUGGGAAGGUGUGAUUUGCGAGGUGAUGUCCAACCAAAGCGACGUCCCCAUGCAACGGAUUUUGGGCAAGUGGUACACCUGGUUCAUGUCCAAUCUUUGGGAGAGUGACGACGUCAUCGAGUUUCAGAAGGCCGGAAGCUGUGCGACCUCACGAGGCCCAGGGAAGUGGCGGUUGGACCACUCCCAGGAUCGGAUCAUGUGGCUGGAGUGGCCGUCGCACAAGCCGUUGUCCAUGGGAGGUUCCAACCCAGAGAGGCCGGUCUUGGAAGCUUGGCGAUUGCAGUUCGACGAGGAGUGGGAGAAGUUUGCAGCCAUCCGCGCGGAUGGCCGAGGGACCGCCACCGGCGUCGACCAGGAGGUCAUGCACUCUGUUGUGAGGAGGCUUUUUGUCUCAGUGAAUCAUGAGUUCUGCAACUCAGCUAAUGAAUGUGAUCCGUCGCUCCAAAGAUGA